AUGCCUAAGAUUUAUGCCAUAGAUCAGGCUGUUCCUGUAACUCCAGGGAUGCAGAUUGUUGAUGUAACGCCUCCAGCUACACCUGAGAAUUACAGUGAAGUUGCUGCUGCUGUUUCAACCUUUUGUGAAUUUCUCGCCCCAGUUGAAUACUUUAAUGAGAUCUCUUCAAAAAUCACAACUUGCAUAAGGUUUUUGUCUUCACUCUCAUCAACCUUUUGGUGA